GUAAGAAAGAUCAACAGUAGAGCGUUGCGCUGGUUGCUCCGGCAUUAACCCCGCCCAUCUUAGAACCUGGCGAGCCAGCAGUUUAGCAGGCGAUAGGGUUACGUGCGCGCGCGCGCCUGCCUAUAGCGCACGACUACGCGAGGGUGUCGGGGUGUGUGGGGAGGGGGGCACUAGCUAUGAUUUUUGUUACAGGAACAGCAAUAGCCACGCCACCCUUCACUGGGCAGGAAUGGACAAAAGGCUGUCUGUAGUUGCUGGGAGAGCUGGCGGUUUCGAUUGGUUUUCUUUGUGCGUGCUCCGAGCGAGUUGCAGAUAGGCGUUCUGCCGACGCUGGCCAGACCUUGGUGCUGGGGGGGCGCGCCUACGUGUGAAGGAUUUUAUAGCGAUCUUGAAUAUGGGAACAUUUUGCUCCCUGGGCAAGCUGUAGACAUGUGCGCGCACGCGCGCGAGCUGCGAUGUUUGAGAUCGGCAAGGCUUAUUCGUUUACAUGUGUUUUACACUGUGCGAGGAGAAGACAUAGUAGGGCAGGUAGGGGCAUGAUUUUGAAAGAUCCUUAGUGCUCUGGCUUGCUCUUGGCAGCAGGCAGCAGCACCACUCCAGAGGGUGUGCGUUGCCCUAAUUAGUUCUGCUGCGCUUGGCAAGCGCGCCGUUUCCAAAGGAUCAGUGCAGUUCGGAAGCUAGGUGGAUCUUGCACAUAACCGGCUCUGCCGAUCGCGUCCCGUUUGUCUGUGUGACCUUUGAGUACGGGCUUCGUAGGAUAUAUUGCGAGGAAGCAGGGGAAGAAAUAUAGGAGAGACGGGCUUCCACCCCUAUAAGAGAUCGAAGUGGUCCUUCCGGGCUCUGAAUUAGGAAAGUAGCGCUUAACCUUGGAUUUUCGGGUGGGGGCGCGUCGUUCUCUAAUCGGCUCCUUCCUGGAGCUUGGAUGCAGUACGGCGGCUGGAAGACGGCGCUGCCGGUGGCGAGGCUGGGCGGGCCCAGCCGCCGAUGGUGCUGCUGAUGCUGCUCUCUGAGGUCACGGCUCAGCUCAUCUCCGCAUCUCUCACCGAUCGUGCCUUCGCGUUUGGCUGCUUUUCUAGACUUGAGCCAGCAUUCUUUCAUUGCCGUCAGGCUGGAAAGUCCUGGUGAUGCUGCUGCUCCUCUUUCUUCCCCUUUCCCCCUCCAAUGUUUCUAGCUCUGGCCGAGGCAUUGGCGGCUUUUACGUUGCCUGGGCAAGGCGUUUAGCAGGCAUCGGAUCUUGGGAGCAUCCUCUACGCUCUGCAUGAUUUAACAUAAACCUCCGAAGGCAACACCGUGAGGCUGCCUUUGUCUAGACCGGGAGCAUGUGGGUGAACCCGGAGGAGGUGCUGCUGGCGAACGCCCUGUGGAUCACGGAGAGGGCCAAUCCUUACUUCAUCCUGCAGAGACGAAAGGGGCAUGGAGGAGACGGAGGCAGCGGAGGUCUUGCUGGUCUCCUUGUGGGUACUCUUGAUGUUGUUCUAGACUCAAGUGCAAGGGUAGCACCAUAUCGAAUCCUAUACCAAGCUCCAGACUCCAUGAUAUACUGGACUAUUGCCUGUGGUUGUUCAAGGAAAGAAAUAACUGAGCACUGGGAAUGGCUUGAACAGAAUUUGCUACAAACUCUUUCAAUCUUUGAAAAUGAGAAUGACAUAAACACAUUUGUCAGAGGAAAAAUACAGGGUAUCAUCGCAGAAUAUAACAAAAUCAAUGGUAUCAGAGAGGAUGACGACACUGAAAAAUUUAAGGAAGCAAUAGUGAAGUUCCACAAGCUGUUUGGGUUGCCAGAGGAAGAAAAACUGGUGAAUUACUACUCUUGCAGCUAUUGGAAAGGGAAGGUUCCACGUCAGGGCUGGAUGUAUCUCAGCAUUAACCACCUUUGUUUUUAUUCAUUUCUCAUGGGGCGGGAAGCCAAGCUCCUGAUCCGAUGGGUUGACAUCACCCAGCUUGAGAAGAAUGCUACUCUGCUCUUACCUGAUGUGAUCAAAGUUAGCACAAGGUCGAGUCAGCAUUUCUUUUCAGUUUUCCUCAAUAUCAACGAAACAUUUAAACUAAUGGAACAACUUGCCAACAUAGCCAUGAGGCAGCUCUUAGACAAUGAAGGAUUUGAGCAAGACAGAUCACUACCCAGGCUUAAGAAGAAGUCUCCUAAAAAAGUAUCUGCACUAAAACGGGAUCUUGAUGCCAGAGCAAAAAGUGAACGGUAUCGGGCUUUGUUCCGGCUCCCUAAGGAUGAAAAACUCGAUGGACAUACUGAUUGCACCUUGUGGACUCCAUUUAACAAAAUGCACAUCUUGGGUCAGAUGUUUGUGUCUACAAAUUACAUCUGUUUCACUAGCAAAGAAGAAAAUCUGUGCAGCCUCAUUAUCCCUCUUCGAGAGGUCACUAUUGUAGAAAAGGCAGACAGCUCUAGUGUAUUACCCAGUCCAUUAUCCAUCAGCACUAAAAACCGAAUGACAUUUCUGUUUGCCAAUUUAAAAGACAGAGAUUUCCUUGUGCAGAGAAUUUCUGACUUCCUCCAGCAAACUACUUCCAAAAUGUAUUUUGACAAAGAGAUUUCUGGAAGUUACAACAGCUCAGAUGAUGAGGUAUAUUCAAGGGCAAGCAGUAUCAUUUCAUCAAGCCCUCAAAGAAGCCUUAGUUCUGAAGCAGAUGGAGAACGGCAGUUCAACCUGAAUGGUAACAGCAUCCCAACUGUAACACAGGCACUAAUGACCAUGUAUCGGCGGCGUUCACCUGAGGAAUUCAACCCUAAAUUAGCAAAAGAGUUUUUGAAAGAACAGGCUUGGAAGAUCCAUUUUGCUGAAUAUGGCCAAGGUAUCUGUAUGUACCGUACAGAGAAAACAAGAGACCUUGUGCUAAAAGGUAUUCCUGAAAGCAUGAGAGGGGAACUCUGGCUGCUCCUGUCAGGAGCUAUUAAUGAAAUGGCCACCCAUGCUGGCUAUUAUGAAGACUUGGUGGAGAAAUCCAUGGGGAAAUAUAACCUUGCUACAGAAGAGAUUGAGAGGGAUUUACACCGUUCUCUCCCAGAGCAUCCUGCAUUCCAGAAUGAGAUGGGUAUUGCUGCCCUGAGGAGAGUACUAACUGCUUAUGCAUUUAGAAACCCCAACAUUGGAUACUGUCAGGCCAUGAAUAUUGUGACGUCAGUGCUGCUUUUAUAUGCAAAGGAAGAGGAAGCCUUCUGGCUGCUGGUGGCUUUGUGUGAGCGUAUGCUGCCAGAUUACUACAACACAAGAGUUGUUGGUGCUUUGGUGGAUCAGGGAGUGUUUGAAGAGUUGGCUCGGGAUUACAUUCCACAACUCUAUGACUGUAUGCAGGACUUGGGGGUUAUCUCCACUAUCUCUCUUUCCUGGUUCCUCACGCUGUUCCUCAGUGUAAUGCCCUUUGAAAGUGCGGUCGUUGUUGUGGACUGUUUCUUCUAUGAAGGCAUCAAGGUGAUAUUCCAGUUGGCCUUGGCUGUGCUAGAUGCAAAUGUGGACAAGCUGCUGAAUUGUAAAGACGAUGGUGAAGCUAUGACAGUGCUUGGAAAGUAUUUGGAUAGUGUGACAAAUAAGGACAGCACUUUGCCACCAAUUCCUCACCUUCACUCACUACUCAGUGAUGAUCUAGGGCCUUACUCUGAAGUGGAUAUAUUCAGACUCAUCAGAACUUCUUAUGAGAAAUUUGGAAGCAUACGAGCAGAUUUGAUUGAACAAAUGAGAUUUAAACAGAGAUUGAAGGUAAUCCAAACCCUUGAAGACACUACUAAACGCAACGUGGUACGUACAAUAGUGACUGAGACCUCUUUUACGAUAGAUGAGCUGGAGGAACUCUAUGCCCUUUUCAAGGCAGAGCAUCUCACUAGCUGCUAUUGGGGAGGCACCAGCAAUGCCAUUGACCGCCAUGACCCGAGCUUACCUUAUUUAGAACAGUACCGUAUUGACUUUGAGCAGUUCAAGGGGAUGUUUGCUCUCCUCUUUCCCUGGGCCUGUGGGACUCACUCCGAUGUUCUGGCUGCACGCUUAUUCAGAUUGCUGGAUGAAAAUGGAGAUUCAUUAAUCAACUUUCGGGAAUUUGUCUCUGGACUAAGUGCAGCAUGCCAUGGAGAUCUCACUGAGAAACUGAAAUUGCUGUAUAAAAUGCAUGUUUUGCCUGACCCGUCAUCUGACCAAGAAGAGCCAGAUUCUGCUUUUGAAGCAACUCAAUAUUUCUUUGAAGACAUCACACCAGAGUGUACACACGUUGUCGGAGUGGACAGCAGGAACAAACAAGGAGCAGAUGAGGGCUUUGUUAAUGUGAGCGUGAAAAGUGAAAAAGGUAAGAAGAAUUCUCAAGAAAAUAGAAAUUACCUUAGACUGUGGAGCCAAGAAAACAAAUCCAAAGCAAAGAAUGCAAAGGAUUUGCCCAAGCUCAAUCAGGGGCAGUUUAUUGAAUUGUGCAAGACAAUGUAUAAUAUGUUCAGUGAAGACCCCAAUGAGCAGGAUCUGUACCAUGCUACUGCUGCUGUGACAAGUUUGCUGCUGGAGAUCGGUGAGGUUGGUAAGUUAUUUAGCAUCCAGCCUAUAAAAGAGGCUGAGCAUAGCAGUAAAGUCAUUCAGAAUGCCCUUCUUCAGAAGAAGGGGAGCCAGCAGUAUCACCUUGAACCACGUGAUGCUUUCCAAGAUGGCUUCCUUGGUGACCAUGAAGAGAAUAUCUGUGAUGGUACACAGAUGGAGGACAUUAAAUUGGAAGAUUCUUCUCCUCGGGAUAAUGGAGCUGGUUCUGCCAUGCUUAUCUCUGAUGAUGAUACUAAAGAUGACAGCUCCAUGUCUUCCUAUUCUGUCCUAAGUGCAGGCUCUCACGAAGAGGAAAAGCUACACUGCGAAGACAUAGGAGAGGACACCGUUUUGGUGCGAAGCAGCAACCCCACUUCUCUGCCUAGGAGCACAAGCAUUGAUAGAGACUGGGCCAUCACCUUUGAGCAGUUUUUGGCUUCCCUCUUGACUGAACCAGCCCUCGUGCGGUAUUUUGACAAGCCAGUAUGCAUGAUGGCAAGGAUUACUAAUGCUAAGAAUGUGCGGAUGAUGGGCAAACCCAUCACAUCAGCAAGUGACUAUGAAAUCUCUGCUAUAUCUGGCUAAGUGGGCUAGAUAGGGAGGGUUUUUUAAAAAAAUCUUUUAGGUUUUUAUGACAUAUUUAUUACUGCCUGGCACAGGUCCUGGUGUUUUCAAAACAUAGUAGUUCUAGCUAAUGUGAACAUGUCAGGGUCUAAAUCUAUACUUAUCUUGAAUUAUAGUCAUUUUUUUCUCUGUGGGAAACUACCAAAAUGCUUGUCGAAUCCAACAUAUGAGGGGUUGGAAUCCUUGUCAGUGGUGUGUGUAUUAUUAGCCUUGCUAUCCAUGGAUAAUGGUGACAAUUUAGUUUAGUUCUAACUCUAAAAGCAUUUGUGUAUGUUUUGAAAACAGGCCUGAAAUCUUGAGACUAAGUGGGGCGGAAGGGCAGAACUCAAAACGCUACAAGCAUGUAUGCUGCAGUGUGUGCAUGGAGCUCCUUCAAAUAUAGUCUUCUCAGAGAUGUGCACGGAACCAGCGACUGCCAGUUCAAGGGGGGUAGCUUUAAGGACUGAGGAGGGUGCUCUUCCCCACCCCAGCCGUGCUUCCCCCGCUUGUGCUGUGUGAAAAAUCAGUCCCGCGGGGCGGCAGCAUACCUCCUUGCCACCCCAGUGUCACAGACCAGAAGUCCGGCCACUUCCAGUCCACAAUGCUCCGGGGCAGCAAGGAGGUACGCUGCUGCCCUGUGGGACCUAUUUUGCAUGUAGCGCCAACAGGGGAAAUGCUGCAGAGGGUAAGCGCACCCUUCCCAGUCCUUAAAGCUAUCUCCCCUCCACCUUUGAGCUUGCAGAACCGCCGGACCUUUGAACCAGUUUGGAGGUCUGUAAAAGGGCCUUUGAACUGGUUCCAUGCACAUCCCUAUUCUCAGUUUACCAGAAGAGGUGGAUAGCGGCAGUCAAAUAAAAUAAUACUUUUGGUUCACAAAGGGCUGUUCCCUUCCUUGAACUGAAUGGGGAAGUCAAAGCUGCUCUAGGCAGAGCGCACCGGAGUACACUGGGGCCCCUGUAAGUGAUUGCCAGCUUGAAGACGAAGGGUUGAGGGAAAGGGAUGCUGUCAACUUGUUUAGGAUUCAAAAGUAGGUUUUGUGCAGCAUCACUGGUGAAGGUCUCUUUGUAUUAUUUUUUAAAAGAGAGGCUAACAAUUCCUAAUACUUUUUAAAUUGCAUUGUUCAGGUAUACUGCCAGAGACCUGCCUUGACAAUUGUCAACAUCCUGACCUAAACAAUUCAUAGCAACCCUUUUUAAAGAGAGAGGGUUUUUUUAAAAAAGAAAAAAAUGCUAUAGGUAAUUCAGUGUUAUGAACAUUUUAAGCAUUACCAUGAAUCUAGUGUAUUGUAGAUUAAGAAUUCAUAGCUGAAUUGCAUAAAUCUUCAUUUAAACAAUAUUAGCAGGAAUGUAAUCUGGGGGGAGGGGCUGCAAGAAAAUGUAACUGAAUGUCUGAAAGUCUUAAUGAAUGAAAACACUGUCACUUUAUUCGAUGUACAAUGUAAUAAUUUACUGAAUGAUAUGUUGAAUGACAAAUGGAGCACCCGCACUUUGAACCCUUGCUUCUUUUUCAGAAUCUUUCAAGAGGUAUGAUCCAGUCCCAAUCUGGAGACACUAUCAAUGAACUGGGGAUUCCUACAAGCACAGUAUUGUCCUGCUUUCCCCACAGGCAGGCAGGCAGGGUAGAAGUGAAAAAACGAUUCUAUGAACUCAACAGAAUCCUUUCCCCCCCCCACUUCCUGUAUGUUUGCUAGUGGAGGAGGAAGAAUGGGCUCUACUGAUCUUAUGGGAAACCUCUACAUAUGGGUACUGUCAUUGAGGGGUCUGGAUCAUAUCCAGUAUUUUCAAAAUGUGUUCACUGAUUUUUAAUUCAGAUGACGAGCUCAUCAGUCUUACAUGCUUGAACUUUAUUUGUUGCCUUCAAAGAUGUAUUUCCAUUUGUUUUUUAUAUACUUGUAUAUUACUUUCAUGAACUUUUUCCAAUUUUUUAAGCAAAACUAUUUUAAUUGUUUAAACUGUCAGUUCUGUUCAGAGUUUAAUUCUUAUUUAAACUGUGAUUUUAACCACAGUAGGGUAAAUGUGAACAAAGCUUUUUUUAAAGUACAUUAAAUUACUAUCAGAUACAAAAUUAUGGCCAUCUUUCAUGGUAUAACUUUAGUAUGACUGUCUACAGGACACACAUUCUCGGUUUUUUAAUUUUUUUAAGUCACACUUGCCAGUGAAAAAACUAUUUCUGCAACUGAAUUUUAAAACUUAUCACAGAAUGAGGUAUCUUUGUGGAAUUGAGAAUAAACCACAGCUAUAGAA